AUGAAACAUGAUAACCUGCUACUGCAUAACCUGCCCCAACACCACCAAGAAAAUGAGGGACUUGAAGUCCUAUCAAGAACCUUCGAUUUGAAUGUAGCACAAACUCCAUUUCAAAUUCCUUGCUUGUCUGACUGUCUCAAAGGAGAGAUUCCAGAAUAUAAGGAGUUCAGGAAAUUCCUUCAUUGCUGCAAGCUUCCCUGAGGAGCAGAAAAGAAGCACAGAGGACUUGCUCCCUGUGUACUGCCAGAAGACAACUGAGCAAGAGAAAAGUCUCCAUGUCCAUUUGUUAAUGGAUGUACACCUUAUGGUAGUGGAGAAGACCCUCAGCCAAUAGGCCUUCCUACUGAACAAUACUAUGAUGUCACUCAGCUGGCAAAAAAAAAAAAAAGUGAUGUGUGUAUGAAUGAUGAAUUGCUUCCCAAACCACCAGACACUUGGCCUAGAUCAUUGUGCCUGCCAUUUUACCCCUCUUACCCCUACCCUACACACAUUUCUAGGUACACCAUGUUCCCAAACUUCAGAUCACCUGAGGGACACACUGGGAUCAAUUCAAGCAGUCAUCAACCUUUCCAUCCCAGUAUCUCUAGCAAGACUUUUGAUUUGCUUUCCAAACUUGUUGAAGAAAAUGGUCAAAUACGUUUUUCAAAUCCACCAAAGACAGUGGCACCCAACCCCACUGAAAAGCUCAAGUAUAACUUUUCUCCAAGAAUAACCAAUAUGCUACAAAACACUGAAAGAGCUCUGGAGAUCACAACAUACGCUCAGGUCUUCACAGACUACUGCUUCCUUACUAACCACACCAGUUUAAGUUUGGCAAAAAACAUUUCUGCUGGUCUGUCACAAGUGAUACCUCCUGAAGGGUGCACUGCAAGCUUACUUCAAGGUGAACAUCCCCAUGAAUCAAUUCUGCAAAAACAGUACUCCUUCAGAUGCCUUCACCUGUACUCAGCACUCCCAUUGUUGUCACCAGCUACUAAGAGGUGGCAGCAUUCAGGAAGGCCCAAAUUUGAACCCCUUCCAAAAUCUGCAUGUCUGUCUGCAUGGAGACCACAGGAUGGGCCAAGAGAGAAAACACUGCCUGAAUGGAUCCCCAGCUGUGAAGUUCCUCAGGUCCAGACAGUGCUGAUGCAGCUGCAACAUUCCUCCUCUAUGACAGCAACACAAAAACAUUUGCAUGAUUCUGUAAAAGGAGAGAGAACAGAUUCUCACAGAUAA